AUGGCGGUGACCCCAGGUGACCCCUCCUCUCCCAUUUCCCCCCCCAGGGAGCUCCAGCUCCGUUUCGGGGUGUCGGAGCCGCCGGCCGUGGUGGUGCUGGACCCCGGCGGCUCCGUCCUGGCGGGAAACGCCGUGCGGGAAAUCGGCGACGCCGGCGCCUCCUGUUUCCGCGGCUGGCGGGAGGCGGCCCAGCUGCUGGACAGGAACUUCCAGGAGCCACAGGAGGCCGAAGGCUCCGUCCGGCGCAGCCUGACCGAGCCCCUGAGGAGACUCAAAUACCGAAUGACGGAGGAGGAGGAGGAGGAGGAGAGGGAGGAAGGGGAGUAGAGGAUUGGAUGGGGAAUGGCGGGAAAAGAUGGGAGGAAGAGG